UCGCUGUGAGCCGGCUGCGAGGAAGGAUCUGUGACGUCGCCGUCUCUGCGCGGAAGCGAGGCGAGCCUUGCGCGAGCCGCUGAGCCUGGCAGUAACCGACUGCGUGUACGCGCUGUGUCCUCUCUCCCUCUCUGUCUGUCUCUCUUUGUCUCUGUCUCCCUGUCGCUCGCGCUGCCCCCCCGAGGACCUCUCUCGCCGGCGGGUCACCCGUCAUGCAUCCGCAGGGCUGCCUCUGGAUGCCGCUUCUCAUCCCCGAGGACCCCAGCCGCCGCCUGGGCCUGGACCGGCGUGCGGAGCGUGCGGCCAACGAGUGAACACGAGUGACGUGUGUGUGUGUGACGUGCGUGUGUGUGCCCGCGAGUGCCAGCGCCAGCGCGACAAGUGAGUGCGAGUGCCAGCGCGACAGUGUGUGUAAGGCGCCAGAGUGCCAGCGCGAGUGCCAGUGUCAUGGAGUGCGCGCGUGGCAUGGUGUUGUGAGUGUGGAAUCUUAAAAAUAAGAAAGUGAUAAUCAAAUUGGAAAGUCUUUCCCGGUCGAGGAAAGCAUACUGAAAGUGAUACUCCCACGAAGUGCGUCUCUGUGAACUACCCCCUUUACCAAACCCUUCCUCCAACGACGUCACCAUGGAUAUAUUACCGAGCCUCAACAUCUUCCGGGAGCUGCAGGACAUCCACGACACAGGAUACUUCUCGGCGCAGCCGUCCCUGGAGGAGCAUUGGCAACAGGUUGGUGUGUGCGGUUUGGUGCCUGCGUUUGGCCUCAUUCGGGUAGGUCUCUCCUCCCCUCUCCCUGCGCCCCGCUGUCGACCGUGAGGGCGGGGGGCGGCGGCGGAGGAUGGCCGGAGAAAUGUAGUGUAGUAAAUUUGUAAUGGAGUUGGAGUUAGUUGGAUGAAGUGCCUCAUCGGCUGCCUGCCUGGGGAAUCCGAGGCAACCGCCGCCACCACCACCACCACCGGCAUGGCUGCGAUGGCGGCGGCAGCGGCCCGCUCUCGUCGGCCUUCGCCAGCCCUGCGGAGGAGGCCAGGUGAACUCGGUACCUCAUCGUGUAAAUGUGUUGGCGUUGUCGGCGGCGGUCUGUGGAGCCGCCUGGGCGGGGGCUCAACUCCGGGCAAAAGUCGGGCAAGAGCCGCCCGCAGAGCCGGCAGCACUAGCCGGAAAUUGGGUUGGACCACUAA